AUGACUAUAGAAGAAGCCAAAGCAACUUUUAUGGAAAUGGCAAAAAAUUGUGCAGCUGAAACCGGAGCAACUCCAGAGGAAAUUGCAGAAUUAAAAUCCCACGAAGUUCCAGAAAUGCGAGGAACAAAAUGUUUGGCAGCUUGUAUAUACAAAGGCGUCGGAAUAAUUAAAGGUGGUAAAUACAGUGCUGAAGGAUUAUUAAAUGCAGGCAAAAUGGUGUACGAUGAAGGAUCUCCUCAAUUUGAAAAGAUAAAAGAAAUAUCAAUGGCUUGUGAUGCAGAAGUUUCCGGAUCCGACGAAUGUGAAGUUGCAGCAAGUGCAAUUGCAUGCGAAUUGCCCAAAAUAAAGGCGGCAGGAUUUGAAAUUCCGGCUGCUAUGUCAGAAGCUGAAACCAAAGCUCUUUUGUAG